AUGAUCACUCUCCGUGAUAAUGAGAAGGCCUUUGAUCGAUUCAAGAUUCGACCACGCAUUCUUUCUGAUGUGUCUAGUGUUGACACAUCGACAACCAUCUUGGGUGAAAAGGUCUCCUUGCCGAUAGGAUUCUCACCAGCAGCGAUGCAUGGUCUGGCGCACCCAGACGGCGAAAAGGCUACCUCUCGCGCGGCCAGUAAAUUGAAUAUUCCAAUGGGCCUCUCAACAUAUUCAACGGUAUUAUUAGAAGAUGUCAUUGUCGAGCGUCAGCAAGGCCAGAAGAACCCUUACGCAUUUCAGCUGAGUGUGGUCAAGGAUCGAGAUGUGACUCUUCAAUGGAUAAAGCGAGCUGAAAAUUGUGGAUACAAGGCUAUCUUUAUGACCGUCGAUGCGCCAGUUCUGGGAAAUCGCCUAGGCGAGAGACGAAACAAAUUCGAGCUCCCUCCACAUCUAUCUCUUCCAAAUUUGCCAGCUGACGGAGGUCGCUCGCAUCAUUACUCUGGUCGUGAUGCCAGUAGUUCGUGGGGCAAAACUAUACCAUGGAUCAAGGCGAAUACAACCUUGGAAAUUUGGCUAAAAGGGAUCUACUGUCCAGAUGACGUCUUGAAAGCAAUUCAUUACGGACUUGAUGGUGUGAUCAUCUCAAACCAUGGAGGACGACAAUUAGAUGGUGUUCCAGCAACAAUCGACGCCUUAGCUGAAUGUGCUCCGGUGGCAAAAGGUCGCAUUAAGAUAGCGAUUGAUAGUGGAAUUCGCCGGGGGGCGGAUAUAUUUCGGGCUUUGGCUUUGGGUGCAGAUUUCUGCUUUAUUGGAAGAAUUCCUAUCUGGGGCCUUGCGUAUGAUGGACAAAACGGAGUUGAGCUUGCGGUGAAAAUCCUCGAGGAGGAGCUUCGCACCACUAUGGCACUUGCAGGGUGA